AUGUCGUCAAAAAAAGGAGGAAAAUCCAAAUUUCUAAGUGAGGAUUUAAACGAAUUGCUAAAUGAAUCACAGUUUCUAAAGGAUUCUGUCAGCAAUAAGAAAAUUACUAAACGACAGAAAAAUGAUGUGACCGAAGAAGAAAGCCUUGCAAAGUUGAUUGGUCAAUAUCAAGCAAAUUCAAAGAAAAAGAAGCUGGACGUAAAUGUAGAAGCUUGUAAAGAAUCACGACAGAAAAUAUUGGAUGUUAUGAACAAUCAACUAGAGACAAGGAAAGAAAAAAGUAAUAACCUACUUAAAAACUUAUCAGAAGUGAUGGUGCAGUUGGAAGUAGAUUGUAAUGCAAUGAAAGACAAUGAAAAAAAGCUAGAACAUUUAACUGGAGCUGUAGUCAAGUGUAUGCAGCAGGCCACCACAGCUCAUAGACAGAAACUGAAAGUAUUAAAAGAUAUUCAUGCUUCCUUUAAAAAACAAUGUGAAGAAAUGGAAAUGGACCAUAAAACAGAAACCGACAAAUUAGCAGAAGAAUUGGAGGAUGAUAUAAAAAAAUUACAAGAGAAACUAAUUUCUGAAACCAAAAGAAGUGGUUGGGAAAACCUACGCAGAACAAUUUUCCAUGCAAUGCAAAAUGAUUUUUAA